GUGCCCAACAGUGCAGUUUCAUCCGGACCGUAACGCAUGACGGUCGUGUCUAAUCGUGUUUGUUAGUGCCGCAGCUCCAGCGCUUCUUUACAGUAAAUUAAGAGCUUAACCUGACGAGUUGAGGUGUGUGUGUGUUUGUGUGUGCUGUUGCAAGUGAACUUUAUAAAUCAAUUAGUCCAGUCUUUAAUCCGGUUUGAUUUCAGUACAACUUUACGUAAAGGACAGAAACGGACAUUGUUGGCAGAGGUGGAAGCUUAAAGCGCGUCUGUCAAAUGAUUGUGUGUUGUGUGAAGUGGUGUACAUUGUGUGACUGUUAAUAUUUCUUCCUGCAGUAGCAGGGAAGAUAAUGAUUACAAAAGGACUGACGAUGCGUGCAACAAUGUUGCUUCUGUUUCUGGGAGCUUUUGCACUGAUGCAACCGAGCAAUGGUGAAGCGAUUGCAAUCGAACAGAUCCUGUCGCUGUGCUGCCAGGAAGGCGAAGAGUGGGGCCUGCAGAGCCGCACCUGCUCGAGCUUCAACAAGUCACUGGAGCUGGUACCGGCUGGGCUGCACGGGCUGUGCCUGUCGACCAUCGAAAUCUGCUGCUCGAAGCAGCACAAAAUCUACCAAUGCACAGCUGGCCAGAUAGCGGCCCGCCAGGGUCUCAGCUGCUCGCUCAAGGGUGACCAUUCCGGGUCGGAGUUUUACACGGAUUGCUGCGAAGCGUGCAAAAUUGGGCUGGUGGUUGGCUCGAGCGCUAACAAGUGCUCGGUGGAACCGUUCGCCUUCGGAAGCCCCUGGGACGAGAUCUAUGACGCUUGCUGCAACGACAUCAAGAAAGAAGGUGAAAUCAUACUCCUCAGUGGCAACGAUGAGCAGAGCUUAUGUGAGCAGUUUCCGUCGAUCUGCUCGCAGGUGUGCGAGAACGUCGAGGGCGGUUCGUAUGUGUGCAAGUGCCAUCCCGGGUACGAGCUGCUGGACGACAGGAAAACCUGUGCCCUGGUUUCGGACGAGGAUAAUGAAACGGUUGAGCGUAAAGGCUGUGAUGCCGGCUUCAAGCACAAUAAGCGCACGGACAAAUGUGAGGAUGUGAACGAGUGCGAAACGGGCGAGGCCACCUGUAACCCGGACAGUCAGGUUUGUCGAAACACACGCGGCAGCUUCCUGUGCGUUGAUGUCGUCCUUCCGGACAUUGCUUGCGACCCGGGCUACACACCGAAGAAUGGCAAAUGUGAAGAUGUGAACGAAUGCCUGGAGCAGUUGGACGCUUGCGACCGGGAGCGGCAACACUGUCUCAACGGACGUGGCAACUAUUCCUGCCUGCCGAAGGCGGUCACCAUGUGCCAACCGGGCUUUGCUUACAACGUGAGCUUGGGCGUGUGCGAAGACGUCAACGAGUGCGAGGAGGACGGAGCCUGCGACGAAGGAUACCGUUGCGUCAACAUCGAGGGCUCGUACGAGUGUAUCGCGGUGGUGAAGAAUUAUCCAACCCCGGCAAGAAAGAAGGUUGAAACGUGUACGCCCGGUUUCCGGCGUCAUAAUGAUCAGUGCGUGGAUAUUGAUGAGUGUGCGGCCGAUAGGAACGCGUGCGACAGUAAUCAAGUCUGCACGAACGAAAUCGGUGGAUUCAGGUGUGAUUGUAAAAUUGGAUUCAACCUGGAUACCGUUACGAAUGCGUGCGUCGACAUCAACGAGUGUCAGGUGAACGCCCACGAGUGUCUGGAGACGCAGCGCUGCGACAAUACGAUCGGAUCCUACACCUGCAUCCGGCUGCAAAGCUGCGGCACUGGCUACACGCUCAACGCGGAAACGGGCCACUGUGAUGAUGACGAUGAGUGCGCGCUGGGACGUCACAACUGUCGGCCGCCGUUCGAAUGCUUCAACACCAAGGGCUCGUUCCGUUGCCGUCAGCUGUCGAGAUAUCACACGCUGACCAGUACGUCCACAUCGACCACGACCAGCACUACCACCGUGCGGCCCUCGUACAAUCCUGCUGGGUACGGGCACUAUCCGGCUUCGCGAUACUCUUCGUACCAGCCGCAGCUGCCACCGUGCGGCAUCGGAUUCGAGCGGAACAGUGCGGGAGCGUGUGUCGAUAUUGACGAAUGUGCCCGUGGAGCUAGCUGUCAUCGCCAUCAGCAGUGCAUUAAUACGAAUGGAUCGUACCGCUGCCGGGACCUGUUGACCUGUCCCGUGGGAUAUCGCGUGAACGAUGACAUUACGGAGUGUCUAGACAUCGACGAGUGUGCUACCGGCGAGGCACUGUGCGGGCCAGAUCAGACGUGCAAAAACAAGAAGGGAGGCUAUGUGUGCGUCUGUCCGCCGGGGCAUAUGAUUGGUCGGAACAAGCGGUGCGAGGAUAUAGAUGAGUGUGCGAUGCACGGCUCGAAGGUGUGCCAGCAGAACUCGAACUGCGUCAAUACGAUCGGCUCGUACCGGUGCGACUGCAAGGAGGGCUUUAAGAAUGGGCCGAACGAGAUGAUCUGCACGGAUGUGGACGAGUGCAAGGAGAUCCCGGGGCUGUGCCAUCAGCGCUGCCUGAACUAUUGGGGAUCGUACCGGUGCGGGUGCCAUCCGGGCUACAGGAUAAGCUACAACAAUCGCACCUGCGACGAUGUGGAUGAGUGUGAGGAGUACAAGUCGGCUAAUUUGUGUGUGGGAAUUUGUGAGAAUACACCAGGUUCGUACAGCUGCCGGUGUCCGCAAGGUUAUAAGCUGGGAGCGGAUGGAAGGAGUUGUAUCGAUAUCGACGAGUGCGAAACAGGGGAUGUAUGUAGGGGACGCCAGGAUAUAUGCACCAACAUCGGUGGAAGCUACCGCUGCACAACCAUCGACUGUCCCUAUGGCUACAAACACGAUCCAGAUCGUCGAAACCGUUGCGAACGGAGCAAUAAAUACUGUAACACCGGUGACAUGGAAUGCUUGCGCCGACCCCACUCGUACUCGUACAAUUUCCUAACGAUUGUGUCCAACAUUUUAAUACCACCGGAGGGCCGUGGACUAUUCACACUGACCGGUCCAUCCCACUUCCAGAUGAUCGACUUCGAUCUGAAGCUGGUUUCGGUCGAUGCGGCACCGCAUGUAAAGCCGGUCGAUAUUCACUACUUUGGGCUGGAAAAAAGAACGAACGACGCACAGCUAAAUCUGAAGAAAAGCAUCGAAGGCCCGCAAGACAUCGAGCUGGAGUUGAGCAUGAGUGUGUUCCACAACGGUGAGCUGUACGGUACCAAUGUGGCGAAGCUGUUCCUGAUGAUAUCGGCGUAUGAAUAUUAAAGCUCGCGUGCGUUUGUGUUUAUCAUCGGUGAAGCUUCAAUUCACCCGCUCCCUCCCCGGCAGUGGUUAAAUAUUACAUUAUUACUUUAGCAUUCUUUCGCUCAGUGCGAAUGGGGUUAGCUAGUGUGACGGUAGUAGACUCAUUCGGAGCGUAAGAUUGGCCAGUGUUUCCGUGUGAAAUUGAAGACCGUAUAAGAAUUGAAUAAAUAUACAACCUUAUAAACACACCAGAUAAA